AUGUCUUUCUCGCCUCACUCACUGCGUCCACAAUGGACAGCGACUGACUCUUUUGAUAGCCGUUUUGUACCGGCAUCAUCAAACUGCCUCACGACAGUCUGUUCACCACGGAAUCUCACGACCACUUGUCAGGCUUGUAAGUACGGCAUCUCUGACCGUCAGACCCCUGAGCUUUGGUCUUUGAGCUCUCAACCACGCAAUGAAUGGAAAAACAAUAAACUUCGGUCUGUUGUCCAAGGUAGUGAUCGCAACUGCCUGCAAGAAAGAGCUUCGGCUGGGCCUAAUUCUUAUAUUGAUGGGCUUACAAGCGACCACAAGGAGUUUAAUUUUGCACUUCCUGACCCAACUUCGAGUUCCUUGUUGAACUCCAUGAAAAGUUUUGCCAAAGCCCGUCUUGCUGCUCCAGCCUUACCUUGA